GCCUUUGGGGAGGCCUUGGUCCCUGGAUACCCAUAUUGGCUGGAGGCAACAAAUGGCUGUCAAUUCAAUAAUAAAGUGCAGAAGGAGAUCUUUGCCCACUACUCUCGGGAAAGUGUCCGAAUUCAAGAUGGCGACUUGACAGGGGUUUGCACUAGCGCCAAAGACCUCAACCUGGUGGUGAUUCUUGGAAUCAUUGAAGUUGGCGAGGAUCGUGGCGGACAAACGCUCUAUUGCUCUAGUGUCUACAUUGACAAAGGAGAAAUUCUCUCCGUUCACCGUAAACUGAUGCCCACUUAUGACGAGCGGUUGGUCUGGGGACCUGGAGAUGGCCAUGGGCUUCAAGUUCAUCCUUUGAAAGGAUUCCAGAUCUCGAGAUUGAAUUGUUGGGAGAACUGGAUGCCACUUCCUCGAGCCUCAUUGUACGCGCAAGGUUCGAAUGUUCACUUUGCUCAUUGGCCGGGAAGCGUGGGUCUCACUAAGGACAUCACUCGUUUCAUCGCCAUGGAAUCCAGGUCGUUCGUAAUCUCAGUGGGAAAUCAUCUCACGCCCAACGAAUUCUGCCCAGAAAUUCCUCACUUUAGCCUGAUUAAGGGAUCCAGCGCCAAAGUGUUAGCCACUGGAGGCUCUUGUAUAGCCGGCCCUAAUGGCAAAUGGUUGAUUGAGCCUCAGACUUGUCAUGACACACUGCUAACAGCGGAUUUAGAUUUGGAACAAGUUCGAGAGGAGCGUCAAAAUUUUGAUCCCGUGGGACACUAUUCCCGACCAGAUGUGACCAAGCUCAUUGUGAAUCGAACUCGCCAGAGCACGGUUGAGUUCAAAGAUUAAACCUGGCAUGACGAUUUUUUACGGGUUCCGAUUAAGAAUUCAAUAAAAAAUAAUCUCAA